UCUUAUACUUCCCAGUUCCCAGUCGAUGCUCCGUUCGACCAGCAGCUCCCCAUGUCUGCUGCUUCAGGGUGAAAGGGAGGAGCCCUUUAUUAAAUGCGCUGUUUCUUUGUUCCCUUCUUCGUUUCUUCUCAUGUCAUGUCUCCCGUCGACCUCUCUCUCUCUUCUCCUAUCGUCGGAACUAGGUUACCAACUCUAGUUGUUUACAGUUCCUCUCCAAGACGGCUUUUUUUUGUGUUCGAUCGCCAAAAAACCAGGUUCGGUUCGAGGAUUUUGUUUUCAUUGCUUCCUUUCCACAAAAAAGAUGACUGAUAAGGUACUGAUAUUUGGUUCAUUCACUGAAGAUGAGGUCCGAUCAUUUCAACAGCAGUCAAUAAAGAAGACUGUACAGCCUUUGGAAAAUAAGGGCCUGCAAUUUGGCUCUUUGGAUUUUGCAACUGUAGAGUCCUUAGAUGGUUUCAAUGGUAAACCCAAAGAGACCGAUUCUUCAAAAGGUUCAACAAAUUCCCACCCAUCAAAGCCUAUUAUAAAGGACAAUUUAACCAAAAUUGUGAAGACAACAAAUACUGCUUCCCAAAGAGUUUCAGGAAGUGUAAAAGAAAAUGGAAGUGCCCAAAGUUCACUGAUUAGCUUUCCUCCAAGUGACGGGGUAAAAGAACUUGAAAAAAUUAGUGUAGACUUAUCUUCCUUAUAUGUGUCUCAAGAUGAAUUUACUCCUCCAAAGCAAUCAACCAGCUCAAAACUGCAUGGUCCUGAUUGUGGAAAAUCAAAAGAUAAGAACUUGCCCAGUAUAUCAAACUCUACUCCAAAUGGAAUAGUUGUUGAUACAUCAUCGGUUCUGGCUUCAAAAGAGGUUCUCCAAAAGGCAAUCAAUGGGCCAACUGCAGCUGUUAGAAAUUCAUUGCCACGGGGCUUAAUCAAUUUGGGGAAUCUAUGCUUUCUCAAUGCAACACUACAGGCUCUUCUAUCCUGUUCUCCUUUCGUUUGGCUUUUGCAGGAAUUAAGAUCUCGUGAUAUCCCCAAGAUCGGCUUUCCAACGUUACGUGCAUUUGUCGAGUUCUUCUCUGAUUUUGACAUGCCCUCUGAGUCAAGCUUUAAGAAGAAAAAUGCCAUUCUUGAGACUGGAAGGCCUUUCAGUCCCACCAUGUUUGAACCCGUUCUUAAAAAUUUUACACCGGAUGUGCCAAAUAGUAUAUCAGAAAGGCCAAGACAAGAAGACGCUCAAGAGUUUCUAAGUUUCGUCAUGGAUCAAAUGCAUGAUGAAUUACUCAAGCUUGAAGGUGUUUCAAACAUAAAUGAUGGUAAAUCAUCAUUGAUUUCAUUUACAGAAGAUGAUGACUGGGAGACUGUUGGACCAAAGAACAAAUCAGCAGUUACAAGAACACAAAGUUUUGUUCCCUCUGAAUUGAGUGCAAUUUUUGGGGGACAAUUGAGAAGUGUUGUGAAGGCAAGAGGUAACAAGGCCUCUGCCACAGUUCAGCCAUUCCUCUUACUUCAUCUUGAUAUUUUCCCAGAAGCUGUUCAUACCAUCGAGGAUGCACUCCAUCUAUUUUCUGCCCCGGAAACACUUGAAGGAUACCGUACAUCAGUAACUGGAAAGGCUGGGGUGGUGAGUGCUAGCAAAUCUGUCAAGAUACAGACUCUUUCAAAGAUAAUGAUAUUGCACCUGAUGCGUUUUAGCUAUGGAAGCCAAGGAAGCACCAAACUACAGAAGCCUGUGCACUUCCCUCUUGAACUGGUCCUGGGUCGUGAAUUACUUGUCUCUCCAUCUUCUGAGGGUCGAAAAUAUGAGCUUGUUGCCACUAUUACUCAUCAUGGGAGGGAGCCCUCAAAGGGGCAUUACACUGCUGAUAGCCGCUACUCUGAUGACCAAUGGCUGAGGUAUGACGAUGCUUCCGUCACUGCUGUUGGCACAAGCAAGGUGCUGCACGACCAGGCUUAUGUUCUCUUCUACAAACAAGUGGAGGUAUGUAGGUAGGAGGUUUAGCCUGAAUGCUGCAACCUCGUAAAGAAUACUAAUCAUAUUUAAAAAUUUGUGGAAUGGUUGGGACUGCUGUUGCAGUAGUUAGUACUCUAUCUGUGCUGUUAUAUUAUCAAGGAAGUUGGAUAGAGGUUUGGAAGUCUCCUUUUGGGAUAGUGUAUGGAGGAAAUAUGAAUGUACCAAUUCUUACAACUUGUCACUGACGACAUGUAAUUUUUAUGCUCUUUGUGAAGUAAUCAGAAAUCUAUGGAUUAUUCUACUUU